CAACUUAUCCAAUCAGCACGCUUUUCUGAAUGUAAACGAGCCAAUCAAACAGCAGUGUACUGAAGAGGCAAAUUCAACCUUCGCCUGUACAUGUUUACCUUCUUUACAAGAGCCUUUUGAAAUUAUUUUGUGCAAGGUACUAUAUCAGAUAACUUUCAUCAAAAUGGUUACAACUGAUGCUAUUAGUGCCAUGAAGACACUGGCCACAGAUCCAAAGAAAAGAGCAGCACUUGCAAAGGAUGCCACCUGUGUUGGAGGACUUGUUGUCGUACUCUCAAAUUCAGACACAAAAGUUGUAACAUUAGCACUUGAGACGCUGCUGCUGCUGGUGGAGAGUGGGGAGAAUGUGGCACCGCUGAAAAACUUCAUGGGGAUGCUGGACCAGCUAGAGGCACUCAUGAACAGGAGUGAUGGAGAGCCAGAGUUACGGGCCCUGACAGAGAAGCUGUACCUCAUCCUUACAGAGGUGGAUCAACAGACUCCACUCCGAGACACCAGCAACAUUCACUCAACAAGAAGGAACAGCAGCUGCAGCAAGAAGAGCAACAAGAGUCUGAGUUACCAUAGCCACAAACACAAGUCGGUCAUCCUGCAGCUCAGGGGCAUCACAGACAGGAGUGACCGGGAGCUGUGCAUGAAGCUGCUGCUUCAGGUGAAGGGGGUCAUCAGCAUCACCUUCGACAUGAACAAGAGGAGGAGCAUACUGCGGGUCAAGAACGACGUUAAACCAGAGAGCCUGGUGCAGGCUGUAGCAAGGUCGCAGACGAUGGCAGCCCAGCAGGUGGUCCGAGACGACAAUGGAGAGGAGCUUUUCCUGUCAUUCCGAUCCCUGAUGGAAGAAGCUGAGAAGGAGAACUCUGACAUGCCCAGUUACCUUGCCGACGAUGCUGACAGUCCUGUGAUAGAUGACAAGGCCGUUGCACGCACUGCGCGUGAUGAGAAGAAGGAGGGAGGCUGGCUCAGCUCGGCAGCAUCCUUCCUCACUAACUCAUUCUACUGGUGAUUGGCAUUUUACAGCUGUAUAAAUGGGGUGUGGAUGAUGUCAUGUGGAUAUCUCAAGGAUGGUGCUUUUAGAAAUAACAGAAUAUGAGUGAAAGAGAAAGAUGAUUUGGUAGGGCUUAAAAAAAUAAAAGACGUGGUUCUCAGGCAAUGGCUUUUGAAAAUAUAGUGCAGGCGGGCGUUGUGUGUGUUGUUUUUUUGUAGUUCAAGCUACAUGUAGUAUGUUACCAAAUUUUGUUUGCAAUAAUUUCGGUGAAAUCAUGUUCUUAAGUUUUGUAGCAUUUCACUGCCAGCGUUGUGUGUUAGAGAGACACAGAAUAUUUGAAGAUUUUAUUUUAUUUUAUUUUUGAAAAAUGGAAAUAAAAACAAAAUGUGCUGCGGACUUUAUGAUGAUUUGGGUAGUGCCUGAUAACCAAGACUAUUAUUUUUUUAGCCUAGAGAAUUCAUGUUUUUAUGUAGAAUUGCUAUUUAGGCAGUUACAAUGUUAGCACUACAAUGUUUAUGCCAAACCUACAGUACCUUUGUGCAAGUGGUCCAGGACAAUCGUCAAGGCAAUCACACAUUGCUUUGAUGUCUGCCGUAUCCUCUGAUUAUAGGACUGCUGAAAAUAUGGUGCACAAUUUCAGUCUUGCACAAAACUUUGGAGUCUACUGGCCUGAAUUUGUCUCAUGGUUUUAUUUUUCAGUGGAUUUUAGUGUUAAUAUAUGGACUAUUACAAGUUCAGCUUACAAGACUGAAAGACAUUUUACUAGUUCAGUCUUUGGGCUACGGCUUCAGCUGCAGUCAGAUGGAGUAAAACAAUAUACAGAGAAACCUUGUUAAAUCAGACAGGACUUUACUCAGUGAAAUAGUCCUGAUUAACAGGUUUCUGCAUUAACGAAUCACAUGGAGUCCUAUAUCUUUGUAAAUUGGCGUUCCUAACAAGAUGGUCAAGAAAGCAAGAUUUCCGCAAUGACCAGGUUUCACUGUGCUUGUUGGAAUAUUAGUGAGAGCCGUGUUAAACAACAAGCACUGUACUUGUAGGUGAAACUAGCCACAGGAUGAAACUGUGGGUGUGCACUUGGUAAUAUUGUGUGUUCACAAGAAUGUUAUUAGAUAUGGACAAGAAGUAUUGCUUUUAGACAUUUUACCAUUUUUAAGAUUGUCUGUUGUGAGAAUGAGAUGAAUGUACUGUCCUUUGAAAUCCUGGCUGUGUAAUCUGGUGUUGGUACUGACUAAGUACAGUAGAACACGGAUAUAACGAACUACAAGGGACCAGAGAAAUCAGUUCAUUAUAUCCGUUGUUCGUUAUACACAUUUUUGCUCGGAAACGUCCGCCAUCUUGGAUAAGACAAAACACAAUACACGUAAUUGCAGUGUUAUUACUGUAUUAUAGUGUAUUGAAGAAUGCCGGUUUAAAAAAAUUAUUGUCCAGAGGUUGCACAUUUUCAGUGAUUCCGUUAUUGGUCAAUAGAUUUCAUAGCCUGGAUUUCAUGGAGAAUUAUGCAAUGACCGAUCCUUGCAGACAAGGAGUUUAAUGCGUUGCUGGGCAUCCUGGGAGCUGUUUUCACUUUCCCAUUACAUUCCUACCUUUCAACACCACUCUCAUGCAUCACACUUACACACUAUAUAAACACAGCACCCACCUGGCCAGCAAGGCAUUGAUCUAUACAUGUAAUUACUGUCAACACAAAUGUACAGUGGAACAUUAAACCUGAAGUUGUACCAUGCA